AUGCUGCCCGAAGACGCCGCCGGCAACGUCAGCCUCAGCAGUAGCACGGUCGACGACGAUAAGCUGCUGGCCUCCGCCGCCGGCAAGGUGCCGGCCAAGUGGGACUGGAGACGCCACGGAGCUGUCACUCCAGUGAAGAACCAAAGAAACUGCGGGAGCUGUUGGGCUUUCUCGAUGGUGGGUUCUGUGGAGGGCAUCAACGCAAUCAAGACAGGGAAACUGCGGACACUGUCGGAGCAAGAGGUGCUCGACUGCUCCGGCGCCGGGACCUGUAAAGGUGGGGACCCGUACCGGGCAUUCGAUCACGCCAUCAGCCCCGGGUUGGCCUUAGACCAGCACGGGAAUCCUCCGUACUACCCUGCCUACGUUGCCGAGAAGAAGAAGUGCAGAUUCAACCCGAGGAAGCCUGUGGUGAAGAUCAACGGCAAGAGAAUGAUGAGAGACACCACCGAGGCGCAGCUGCUGUGUCGCGUGUACAAGCAGCCGGUGUUGGUCGCCAUCGAGGCCAACCGCGCCUUCAGUCGCUACAGUAAGGGCGUCUUCACGGGGCCUUGCGGGACGCGUCUAAACCACGCGGUCCUGGUCGUGGGCUACGGAACUACGGCGAACGGUGUGGACUACUGGAUCGUUAAGAACUCGUGGGGCAAGGGCUGGGGCGAGAAUGGCUACAUCCGGAUGAAGCGUAACGUGGGUACCAAAGCGGGUCUCUGCGGCAUAUACAAGACGCCCAUGUACCCCAUCAAGAAUAAGUAA